AUGCGCUUCCAUCCUUCUCGUGCUGAGCUGCGUCGCGUAGCGCUCGAGGUGGCCAAGACCCGCCUCCAGGCCCAAGUGCCCACGACGUCGGUCCUAACCGUCAAGACAACGCCGGCCACGUACUGCUACUGCACGCACUACUCGUUCUCGAACGGGCUCAUGGACCACAUGGUGUCCAAAGCACGCACGAAUCUCUUUCCAUCGCCUAGCGACGCCGGCGCGCACGAGCUGCAUCCCAACUGCCCGAUGCACUCGCCGUCAUCGUCGACGUCGACGCCCAAGCUGCGUGGCACCGCGCAUGCGCUGACGCACAUCGUCCGGACCGAAGGCUUGUCGGCCUUGUACGCCGGCUUGUCGCCGAUGCUCCUCAUCGCCGUGCCCUCCACCGUCUUUUACUUUACCUCGUACGACAUGCUCGUGUCCAAGGCGCGCCGCGACUACCCAGACAUUGCGCCCAUUGCGCCCUUCUUUGCCGGCGGUAUUGCGCGCUGCAUUGCGGCCACGGUCGUCUCGCCGCUCGAGCUCAUCCGCGUGCGCAUGCAAGCGAGUCCGAACGCCGGCGGGUUCCUCUACGUCGUGCGCAGCAGCGUCAGCGACGGCUUCUUCUCGCUCUGGCGCGGCCUCGCGCCAACACUCGCGCGUGACGUGCCCUUCUCCGCGCUUUACUGGUCGAGUUUCGAGGUCCUCAAGCAGCAGUUCACAACGCUGGCGGCCAAUACCACCGACACGGAUUGCACGCCGGCCCAAGUCCGCCUUGGCAUUGCAUUCGCCUCUGGCGCGACGGCGGGCGCUGUCUCGACGGUCCUCACGCAGCCAUUUGACGUCAUCAAGACCAAGCAGCAGAUUCAAAACUACUCCAAAGGCGUGAUGGAGACCCGGCCCACGAUGUCGAUCUACGCCAUGCUGCGCGAUAUCGUCCGCCUCGAGGGCGUCGGUGGCAUCAUGACGGGCCUCUCGGCGCGCGUGGCCAAGGUCGCGCCGGCGUGUGCCAUUAUGAUCUCGACGUACGAAGCCGGCAAGCAGUACCUCAAUGUCGAGUAAGAGACCAAAUGCGCACUUGAAGCUCGCGCACUUCCGCGUUUCUGUAUCUGUCGUAGCCAGGCCA